CUUUCGCCCAGGCCGACUAUACUAGGCGGCGCUGGGUUAUGAAGUCAAGACACAGGCUGUUCGGCGGUGUUCUUAGUACACUUUAACUCAACAUGGUGGUCUGUGAUGGGCCGACCACCUCGGCUCAGGUCAUUGAGGCCUUCGCGUCGCAUUUUCAAGGUCGGACCUUCCUUAUCACGGGCGCUGGCAAGCCGAGAAUCGGCAGCCAGAUGGCGAUUGCGCUGGCGAGAGGUGCGCGCCUGCGCAAAUCAUCAUAACAUCACGCUCCUUCCACAAGGUCAAGCCCGAAAAGUUGAUAUCAAGACCAUAAACAAAGCCAUCAAGACGUCAUUUGUGCAGGUCGAUUUGUCCGACCACGCUUCAGUGCGACAGGCUGGCAGCGAGAUCCUUGCGGAAGCGCCUAAAGUUGAUGUUCUCAUUGACAGCAUGGGCAACAUGGCCAUCUAUGAUUAUACUGUGGAUAAACAGGGUAUCGAGAUACAACUAUCUGUGGACCACCUCGGACAAUUUCUCUUGACGAAUCUUCUGGGGCCGGCGCUGCUGCAGAUGCCAGAAUUGGGGCACACGCUGUCAACUUGACCAGCGGCGUUGAUUUCAUCAGCCCCGUGCGGUUCAACGACUACAGCUUCUCCAAUAGUAAAG